UUAUUUUAUAUAUAUGGCACAUGAACCUCCCUAGCUCUUUUCUACUUCUCUCUAAUUUCUUUAUAUCUCUCACCAUAUAUUCUCUCACAAGAAAAUAAUUGAAUUGAAUUGAAUUGAAGCUAGUGCAAAAAAAAGGAGCUAUUUUGAGUGUUGGCAAAUAAGAAAAAACUACUUCGUAACAUAUAUGAUGCACCUCAAGGAAACUGAGCUAUGCCUUGGCUUGCCUGGCGGAGGAGGCAGUAGUUGUGAGAAGGUAACCGGGAAACGUGGCUACUCUGAGACUGUUGAUCUUAUGCUUAAUCUUCUUCAACCAAAUAAUGAUCAUCAUCAUCAGUCCUCUUCUUCAACAACCGAUUUAUUGAAUGAUAAGAUGAAGCUACAAAUUAACUCAUCAUCAUCAUCAGCUAACAACAAAGAUUUGAUCAUGAGCAAACCUCCUGCAGCCAAGGCACAGGUGGUAGGAUGGCCACCAGUGAGAAACUAUCGCAAGAACGUAAUGGCUCAUCAGAAGAGCACCAACGAGGAAUCGUCUGAGAAGGUUGUGGCUGCAGCAGCCACUGGUACUGGGGCAUCAGCGGCGUUUGUGAAGGUUUCAAUGGAUGGAGCACCAUAUCUUCGGAAAGUGGACCUCAAGUUGUAUGAGAGCUAUCAACAACUAUCUGAUGCCUUGGCCAAGAUGUUUAGUUCCUUCACCAUGGGAAACUAUGGAACCCAAGGAAUGAUAGAUUUCAUGAAUGAGAGCAAGUUGAUGGAUCUUCUCAACAGCUCUGAGUAUGUUCCAAGCUAUGAGGAUAAAGAUGGUGACUGGAUGCUCGUUGGGGACGUCCCAUGGCAAAUGUUUGUUGAUUCUUGCAAGCGACUUCGUAUCAUGAAAGGGUCAGAUGCUAUUGGACUUGCACCAAGGGCAAUGGAGAAAUGCAAGAACCGGUGCUAAAACUCUAAUCUUGAUUCAAGCUCAUUUGUAACAACUUCAAAAUUCAUUACCAAAGAAAAUGGAUGGAUCAAGCUGUACGUUAAUGUUCAAAUGUACGUGUUUGGAUUUGUUUUUGGUUUUUUUGUUUAUUUUAAGAAAGUAAAAAAAAAACUUAAAGUUUGAUAAUAGUAUAUAGAAUUUGUUAAAAGUUGCUUUGCUUUGCUUUGGGACAUUUGUAAUGGACAAAACACAAUGAAUCUCCUACCUGGCUUGCCUCACAAAACGAACGUAUUUGGAGUGUUUAAUUAAUUAUAUUAAUUAAUGUUUUUGGUUUUUAAUUAA